ACAACAGUUCCGUUUUUCCUUGCAGUUUCACAAGAAAAGUUUCGUAUCUGUGUUUAGAUUAUUAAAAAAAUACGAUUUAACGAUGGUAGAACCGACGGAACAUCUACUCGCACUUAAAGUGAUGCGCCUGACCCGCCCCACACUGAUAAGCCCCCAAAUAUUGACCUCGGAACCGAAGGAUGUUCCGCAGCAUUCGUUCGAAAAGAUACUCCGGAGUGAUGCUACGUCGGUGGCCGGAUGCGAGACGAUUGCAGCUGGUCAGUUUAUGUUGUUACCGCAAAGUUUCGGUAACAUCUAUCUUGGCGAAACGUUCUCCAGCUACGUGUGCGUGCACAACUGCCGCGCUCAUCCGGUGUCCAACGUUUCGGUCAAGGCGGACCUGCAGUCGAACAAUAGCCGAGUUAGUUUACCCAUUCACGCCGACAAGACGGUCCCGGUUACGUUGAACCCGGAGGAAACACUCGACGACGUUAUACACCAUGAGGUGAAGGAAAUCGGAACGCAUAUAUUGGUUUGUGAAGUGUCCUACAUGACACCGGCCGGGUUGGAAACAUCUUUUCGGAAGUUUUUCAAAUUUCAAGUUGUCAAACCACUGGACGUGAAGACCAAAUUUUACAACGCCGAAACCGAUGACGUGUAUUUGGAAGCACAGAUACAGAACAUUACGGUUGGUCCGAUCUGCCUCGAGAAGGUCGAGCUGGAGAGCUCGGAGCAGUACACCGUGGUAUCGCUUAAUCAGCUUCCCUCGGGGGAAUCGGUGUUCUCGUCGAAGACGAUGUUGCAGCCGCAAAACAGUUGUCAGUUUCUUUACUGUAUUCGACCCAUUCCGGAAGUGGCCCGUGAUCCGAACGCAUUGAAGGCAGCAAACAAUAUCGGUAAAUUGGACAUCGUGUGGCGUUCGAAUUUGGGCGAACGCGGACGUCUACAAACAAGUCAACUGCAGCGAUGUGCUCUUGAAUACAGUGACCUACGGCUGACUGUAAUCGAAGCGAACAGUACGGUUCGCAUUGGCGAAGGCUUUAACUUCCGGUGCCGGGUGACGAACACUAGUGAACGAUCGAUGGAUCUACUGAUGGGACUGAACACCAAAGCGAAACCGGGCUGCGGAUACACCGGACAAACCGAGUUCGCCCUCGGCCCGGUUGAGCCGGGACAAAUGAAAGAAUUCCCUCUAACCGUGUGUCCGGUCCGGUUGGGUCUCAUUGCAAUCUCUAGCCUACAGCUUACCGACGUGUUCACGAAGCGCAAGUACGAGUUCGACAACUUUCUGCAGGUGUUUGUCGUAGACGAAGACUAUCGCGAGGAAGUGUUUCAAAUGGAUAAGUAUGUCCGGUACAGCAGCACUGCCAACAUUCCACAAACCGUUUAAAUGACAUACACCGGGAUUGCAUUGUUUGGGGAUGCAAGAAAUAUUUAUUCCGCGUUGAAGUAUAAUAAAACAAUACCACGAGA